AUGUCCGAUCACGAAUUUGGAGGCAAUGAUGACCUCUCACUCCCCAAAGCGACGGUCCAAAAAAUUGUGAGCGAGAUUCUCCCAUCAUCGACUGGCCUGUCAUUCGCCAAGGAAGCACGGGAUCUUCUCAUCGACCUCUGCGUUGAGUUCAUCUCGCUCGUAUCGUCCGAGGCGAAUGAGAUUUCCGAGAAGGAGUCGAAAAAGACGAUUGCUUGUGAUCACAUCACGCAGGCGCUCGAGCGGCUCGGUUUUGCCGACUACGUCCCCGCCGUGCUAGAGGCAGCUGCGGAGCACAAAGAGGUUCAAAAGGGACGAGAGAAGAAAGCAAACAAGUUCGAGCAGUCCGGCCUAACACUCGAAGAGCUCGAGCGAAUCCAACGGGAACAGUUUGCCGACGCCGCGGCGCGACACACUUAG